AUGGGAAUCCGGUCCGCAGUGAUUCUCGACGACGUUCCGCACAUUUCCGAAUGGAUUCCUGACCUACAGAUGUACAAUAAUCCGCUGCUUCGAAGCCCUAAUCGACCCGAGAAUUACUUCGUGGACAGCGAGGACGUCGUGUGCCAGAAGGCGCUCAUCAAGACGGGCAGUGUGGACGACAUUCGAGUCUUCCGACGCUCUGGACCACGCGAGCAGGUGGCAUUCCAGCCUCAGGACGUGCGGGCAGCCAUAGUCACGUGUGGGGGGCUGUGUCCCGGGCUCAACACAGUCAUUCGCGAGCUCGUGUGGGCGCUGUGGUUCCGCUACGGCGUGCGCAACAUCUCCGGCAUUGAUGGCGGGUACCGCGGGUUCUACAGCCGCAACCUGCUGCAGCUGGACCCGUGGAAGGUGAACGACAUUCACAAGCGCGGAGGAACCUUCCUGGGUACUUCCCGAGGCGGGCACGACUCCACCAAGAUCGUCAACUCCAUUGAAGACCGCGGCAUCAACCAGUUGUACAUCAUAGGGGGGGACGGCACGCAGCGUGGCGCCGAGAUCAUCUAUGAGGAAACCAGGAGGAGGGGACUCAAGGUGUCCGUGGCGGGAAUCCCUAAAACGAUCGACAACGACAUUGCAGUGAUCGACCGGUCGUUUGGGUUUGACUCGGCUGUGGAGGAGGCUCAGCGGGCCAUCAGCGCUGCGAGGGUGGAGGUCACGAGCACUCACCGGGGGGUGGGGCUGGUGAAGCUCAUGGGGCGAUACUGCGGUCAAAUCGCCAUGCACGCCACUCUUGCCAGCCGCGACGUGGACUGCUGCCUGAUCCCCGAGGUGCCGUUUCACUUGGAGGGCGAGGGAGGCCUGUUUGAGUUCAUGGAGAGGAAGCUGUAUGAGAACGACCACUGCGUCAUCGUUGUGGCUGAGGGCGCGGGGCAGAGCCUCGUGGCGCAGAGCUUGCCUGGCGGGGCAGGCACGGACAAGUCGGGGAAUGCUCUGCUGCUGGACGUGGGGCUGUGGCUGUCAGAACGCAUCAAGGAGCACUUCAGCGCGGACAAGAAGAGCGAGAUCAGCCUCAAAUACAUCGACCCCACAUACAUGAUCCGGGCCAUCCCGGCUAACGCAGGGGACAACAUCUACUGUACGCUGCUGGCACACGGGGCCAUUCACGGCGCCAUGGCUGGCUACUCAGGGUUUGUGGUGGGGCCUGUCAACGGCACACAGUGCUACAUCCCUGUCAAUCAAGUGACGGCCCCCAAGUCAGUGGCCCUCACUGACCGCAUGUGGGCGCGCCUCCUCUCCUCCACCUCCCAGCCCACCUUCAUGCGUGUCAGCCAAUCCGCUGCUGCCACGUCAGCACCCCGGGCAAAUGCUGACGGUGUGCCGGCGAUGCCUGACGAGGCACGACCGAUCUCCGCGGCGCUCUCCGGAAUAAUCUUCGCCGCGAUUCCCGCGCUCCUGGCGGUGCGGAGGGCAGCACAGGCUGUGGAGCGGCUGGCAGCGACGGCGAGGGAGGAGCUGCCGGGGACCAUGGCGGCAGUGCGGCUGUCAGGGAUGGAGAUCAGCGACCUCACCAUGGAGCUCAGCGACCUCAGCCACGAGAUCUCUCAGGGAGUGCGCAGUCCUUCACGGACGUCCCGCCUUGCCGCCAGCACCAGCAGCACCAGGGCCAAGGAGCAACACACUGCUGACUCUCUCAAGGACGCCACAGUGAUCCCCAUCCGCGUGGUAAGCCCUCUCUUCUCCUCGGCUGCCAGUGCGGUCGGUGCUGCCGCCUCCACAGUCGGCUCUACAGUGUCUCACGUGGGCGGCACGGUCGGGGCGGCGGCGUCGCACGUGGGCGGCACGGUUGGGGCGGCAGCGUCACAUGUGGGGGCGGCAGCGUCGCAUGUGGGAGGCGCAGCGGCUCACAUUCCCUCGGUAGUAUUCAACCUCGUGGAUUUUCUGCCGUGGGGACACCGGAGAGGUGGUGAGGGAGGAGAAACUGGAGGGGAAACAAACGGAGACACAGCAAACGCCCACUCUACUGCUGCUGCUAAACUGGCUGCAAAGCCUGCUGCAGAUUCUGCAAAGCCUUCUGCCUCUGCCGCUGCUCCUGCUGACAUCCCUGGUAGGACCAACUCCGCUGCUCCUGCAACUAAAGCAGCAGCGGCUACUUCAGCUUCCUCUGGUGCUGCCUCCGCUGGUCCUCACUCCAGAGCACCUUCCAAGCCAGUCGCCACAGGAAGGGCCAGACCUAUCCCAAGUGGAUCAAGCCCAGACCAGCAAUCGCCCGAAUCACUCCACCACAGGCCCCACCAGCCUCUCCAGCCUCUGAAUUCCCACGAGUUUCACCAGUUGAACGAGAAUCAGCAAGCUCAUCAUGGGAGUGUGGGGUCUCGAAAGGCGGCAGGAGCAGGUGACACAAGGCAAGAGGUGACGGUGGGGGCAGCUGCAGAGGAGCAUUUUGAGCUGUCAUCGCUGCCGUCGUUGGUGGGGUGGCUGCAGCACAGAAAGGACAAGGAGAAGCACCCUAGGGGAGAUGCGAAGGGGUGA